CAGAAGGUACGGUCGAGAUUGCUCAUCAAUCUGCAGCGAAUAUUGUCACAAUAAGCAGACAUGUCAUCACAUAAAUGGGACAUGUCCUAACGGUUGUGGAGAUGGAUAUGACUUUAACCGUGACAAAACCUGCAAUGCUACUUGCAAAAACAGAAAAUUUGGUAAAAACUGUUCAAUGGACUGCAACUGUGAUGAAUGCCAUCAUAUUAACGGUUCAUGUGCCAUCUUUAAGCAGCAAUGCGACACUGGGUUUAAGAUGGACAAAGAUAUCUGUCAACCUUGUGAACGAAGACGCUUUGGUCCUAAUUGUGCAAAUGAAUGCCAUUGUGAACAAUGCCAUAAUGUCAAUGGAUCGUGUGAUCUGUACACCAACAAUUGCGAUGGUGGCUUCCGACUUAACAAUGGGCUAUGUAAACCAUGCGCACAAAGACAAUAUGGCCAGAACUGUUCUACUGAAUGUCAUUGCGAAAGAUGCCACAAUGUGAACGGAUCGUGUACCUUGUACAGUUCCGAUUGUGACAUGGGCUACCGGAUGGAAAAUGAGCUAUGUAUAGAGAAUAUUGAAGCUUCAUCGAAACAACCCUCUUCUUCUACUGGAGCAAUUGGAGGUGGAGUUGCGGCUGCUGUAGCCGUCACAAUUGUGAUUAUUGUUGCUGUCGUUUGCUAUAAACGGAGACGUAUGAACAACAACGGAGACAAUCGCGAGUUUUUCAAUGAUGUCGCAAUGUGCCCGCCGACGGCAUCACAAUCUGCUUUUAAGUCAGAACAACAGCCGAAUUUGAAAACUGACUUACGUGAUAAUUUAUACGCCAAUGCAAAAGGAAUACGUUCGUGUGCACGUAAAUCGCUUAUCGAAUAA